AUGGCAGCCGAGGCCACGGAGUGGCAGAAAGCGGGUGCUCCUCCUCCUUCAGGGUCUGCAGUGAGUACGGCUCCACAGCAAAAACCUAUAGGAAAAAUUUCCAAAAACAAAAAGAAAAAACUGAAAAAGAAGCAGAAAAGGCAGGCUGAGUUACUGGAAAAGCGCCUGCAGGAAAUAGAAGAAUUGGAGCGCGAAGCCGAAAGGAAAAUAAUAGAGGAAAAUGUCACAUCAGCUGUACCUUCUAAUGAGCAAGAUGAUGAAUACCGCCCAGAGGUGAAGCUAAAAGCAGCAGCGCUAGAGGAGGCCGCAGAGGAAGAGCCUGCACUGGACAACGGAGAAGCUGAGGACCAGGAAGAGAAAGAAGAUGCUGAGAAAGAAAACAUCGAGAAGGAUGAAGAUGAUGGAGAACAGGAGCUCGAGAACCUAGACCCCACGUGGAUAGACUUACCCAAAACCAACGGCCACGUUGAGAACGGCCCGUUCCCCCUGGAGCAGCAGCUGGAUGACGAAGACGACGAUGACGAAGAUUGCCCAAACCCCGAGGAGUAUAACCUGGACGAGCCCAACGCAGAGAGUGAUUACACGUACAGCAGCUCCUACGAACAAUUCAACGGUGAAUUGCCAAAUGGACGACAUAAAAUUCCCGAGUCCCAGUUUCCAGAGUUUCCCACGUCAUUGUCCCCUGGGCCCCUGGAACCUGUGGCUUGUGGCUCUGCACUUUCCGACGGAUCCCCGCUCACCGAGCCCGAGGAGAGCAGCCCGUCUCACGACAGAAGCAGGACGGUCUCGGCCUCCAGCACUGGGGAUUUGCCAAAAACCAAGACCCGGGCAGCGGACUUACUGGUGAACCCCCUGGACCCACGGAACGCCGAUAAAAUCAGAGUUAAAAUUGCCGACCUGGGAAAUGCUUGUUGGGUGCACAAACACUUCACAGAGGACAUCCAGACGCGGCAGUACCGGUCCAUAGAGGUGCUGAUCGGCGCGGGGUACAGCACCCCCGCGGACAUCUGGAGCACGGCGUGCAUGGCAUUUGAGCUGGCGACGGGAGAUUAUUUGUUUGAACCGCAUUCUGGAGAGGACUAUUCCAGAGACGAAGACCACAUAGCCCACAUCAUAGAGCUGCUGGGCGGUAUCCCAAGGCACUUUGCUCUGUCUGGAAAAUACUCGCGGGAAUUCUUCAAUCGCAGAGGAGAACUGCGGCACAUCACCAAGCUGAAGCCCUGGAGCCUCUUCGAUGUCCUGGUGGAAAAGUAUGGGUGGCCCCAUGAAGAUGCUGCACAGUUUACAGAUUUCCUGAUUCCGAUGUUAGAAAUGGUUCCAGAAAAACGAGCCUCAGCUGGCGAAUGCCUUCGGCAUCCUUGGCUGAAUUCUUAG